AUGUCUCAUAAACAUUGCUACGAGCAGACCAAAGCGUCCCAUGUGAACAGCCGUCGGUUGGAAAAGCCGGCGGAAUGGAGUGAGUACAUCUACAAAGUGCUGCUCAACAGCGGCUUCGUUACCAUGGCAGCCAUUCAUGGAAUCGCCGACGGACGAGAGUGGGCGGCCAGUUCUGGUUUUUCCGUAACGCCGGAAGAGGCCAAGUACAUUAUCAAUGGUUUCACGGAGCCUCGCGAACUCCGCCGAUACGGGAUACUAUUGGGCGGGAUUGUAUACACGUGUACGACGGUGCGUCCUAAAUAUAUUCUAGGCCGCAGGGGUAGUUCGGGCUGUGUUAUUUAUAUGUGUAAACAAAGUAUUAUCAUAGCUGUGUACGGAGGUGAUGUGUUGCCUGGUGGAUGUCUGAACAUUGUCCUGAAGCUAGGCGAUUACCUCGAAGACAAUGGUCUUUGA